ACAGCUCUUUGGUGAAAACCACCUGAUCUGAGCUAUUUUGUCCCCAAGGUAGUCUGCUGCUUAAUACUCCCGUUCCGUUGGUUGACACGUUGACUUUCCCUCCUUCACCCGUAGUUCGUUCACAGUUUUCCAACAUGCCUGGAAACGAACUUUCAGAUUGGUUCUACAGUAUUCCUAUUAUAACUCGAUACUGGUUCUCCGGUACACUUUUGUUCUCUCUGCUCGGGAAGUUAGGCCUCGUCGACCCCAUGAGGCUGAUACUACUUUGGGGGGAUACGCACAAAUACGAGCUAUGGAGACCAAUAACCUCUCUUUUGUUCUAUCCUAUUAACCCAUCUACUGGGUUUCAUUUUUUAAUUAAUUUGUACUUUCUGUACACUUAUUCAUCUCGCUUAGAGAACGGAAUGUUUUUCGGACGGACCGCGGAUUUCCUCUUUCUGGUUAUCUUCUGCUGGUUGUUGGUUGUAAUUGUUGGUUUCAUGGCUCCUUUCUACUUUUUGUUGGAGCCGAUGGUUCUAACUGUCAUAUACAUAUGGAGCCAGUUGAAUAGGAGCGUAAUCAUCCAGUUCUGGUUUGGUAUGCAGUUCAAAGCAAUGUACUUCCCAUGGGUCCUGGUCGCUUUCAACCUUAUCGUUCGUGGCAGCGUUGUCAUGGAAUUGACUGGGAUCGUGGUCGGUCACAUAUACUACUUCUUUACCACACAGUAUCCUCAAGAAUAUGGUGGUCAAGCCCUCAUAAAAACGCCCAGUUUCCUCUAUCGCCUAUUUCCCCUUCAACAAGGAUUUGUUUCUGGGUUUGGCCAGGCACCUCGCGCUAGACAAACGGCUGCGGCUGCUCCAUCCACCCCGCGCUUCCCAGGUCGAGGGCAACAGUUAGGUAGAGAAGAUUGAACGGAAGUAUCGUUACACAACUUCAUCUCAUCUCCUUUGUUUUUCUGACAGUGGAUUUCACCUAUCACCAUACCUCCAGUUUUCGUUUUAUCACCCUCGACGAUAGGAUUGCACUUUCGCCGUGAAUAGGCCUCCAUAAUGUGUUCAUUGUACAUAAAUAAAUGAUGUGAUAAAGCGAACACGCAGUUUUGAACCUCAUUCAUCAUUCGUCUCGAUGAUAUGCCCUCGGAGUGAUA